AUCUACUUUUUUAAUUUCUACACCGAGGGAUAGCUCGGUGGAUGUGUCGGUACGGGACGGGAGCCUACGGCAGGCAGGAGAGCAUGUCCGUCGCUACAGCGUGAUAAAACUGUUAAAAAGUGGUCGUAUUAGUGGUUUUUUUUACAAUGGCUGCAGAGUGUACUCAAGAGGCGAUUCUGGGGUUUCUGAAGGACAAAGGGGGCAAAGUGAAAAACACGGAUUUAAUUGAGCAUUUUAAGGCUGUGUUCCCCGAGGAGCCUGAGAAGAGGGCGGCUGUGCGCGAGAGGUUUAAAAACCACGUUGACGACGUUGCUUUCGUGAAAACGGAGAGUGGAGUUAAGUAUGUCUGCCUUAAGAAAAAGUUUCGCUGCUCAGUGAAGGGUGUCAGCAACGGGACGGAUAGGGAGCCAGCUCACCGUUAUUAUCCCGCAGACAGCAGGCGGGUUAGUGGGAAUGACGCAGUGGCGGAUGCGGCCCCGCAAAGCCCCGCCGGCGGUGACGUUCAGCAGCAGGUAACACCUGCCUCAGGUCUCGGAAGUGACAAGCAGGUGACAUUUCCGCAUGGUUUGUCUCCUGCAAUCAUUUUGCCGGACAAAACGGAUGACAAAAGUAAGAGUCAUAAGUUUGUUUGUGUAGUUGAGGAGGUGGGCAGCAGCUCAGGUGAGAUGGGGAACAGAGAAAGCUUUCGAAAAGAGAGGAAGGAGUCCAAGAAGGAGCGUGUUGGAAAAGGGCCUGACAUACCAGAAAUUGCAGUGAUUGAAGCUUCGCCUCUCCCUGCAGCGGGACCCGUGUUCACCCUGCCUGGGCCUGUACAAACUGGUAUUACAGGACAGGUAGACGCGGCCACCUCUGGACUCGAUCCCAAAGACCGGCAGGUUGAGACUGAGUCUCAAACAGUAGACGGCCUGAAGGAAGCGGAGCAGAUUAAUGUGGCGACCAGGCGGCGAAACACUAAAGGAUCCAAGCACAGAUUCAGACAGCAGCAGCCAGACGAAGAGAAAGAUGAACGGCAGUUGGAUGAGCGUAGUUUGUCUGGGAGUGAAGGGAACAUCACCCCGAUAAGCAGCCGCAAACACUUCAUCAAGGUCAUGGUGAGCAGAUCCCCCCAGUUGAGGCGGAGCAUGGUGUUACGUAACUCUGUUCACCUGUCCUCCAGGGAUGACAGUGACUCCGUUUCCUUGGCUUCCUCCAACCAGGACGACGACAGGGCCUCAGUCGCUCUGGACCCGCUGGAGCAUGAGUGGAUGGUGUGUGCUUCCGACGGGGAGUGGGGCAGCAUGUACGGCCUCCUCACCCAAGAGCCCAGCCUCGUCCUGAGGAAGGACUUUGUCACCGGUUUUACUUGCCUGCACUGGGCGGCCAAGCACGGCAAGCCUGAGCUGAUAGCCCUGAUCAUCAACUUCGCCAAACAGCACAAUGUUCCCAUCAGCGUUGAUGUUCGAUCCAACACCGGCUACACGCCGCUGCACAUCGCUGCCAUGCACAACCACAUGGAGGUGGUGAAGCUCCUGGUGGGGGCCUACAACACAGAUGUGGAGAUCAGAGACUACAGCGGGAGGAAGGCCUGCCAGUACCUCACUGACAACGUGAGUGUGGACAUACGGGACAUCAUAGGAGCAUACGAGUGUUCUGAGUCAGAGAACGCCGACCCCAGGGAUGGAGGCCGCUGGAGGUUCUCUAAGGUUCUCCAGUCUAACCUGAAGCCGCUCAGGCUCCUCAACCCCAGUAACUGUGACUCUGUGGACGGGGAGUCCCAGCCCCGAGAGAAACCCCUCAGGAGGAAGUCUUCGCUCAGCAGGAUGAAGCCCAAACUGCAGAGGCUCCGCGCGAGGACGUCUCAGAUUGUCCACAGCACGUCGUUCCGUGACUCAGAGGAGCUGGACGGGUCUGCGAAAGGUUCCUUCAAGUCCAGACCCAAGACACAUUUCUUUGGGUGAGAUCGGUACUGACACAGGACAGGAAACGGUGUACAGGGAUGUCGACAGGUACAGAAUUUUUGCAGAAAUGUGGCAAAAGACAAUUUUUUUGUUGCAUUGGAAAAACUGGGUCACAAGAACAAAUCGCAGCUUCUUUUUU